AUGCAAUUCAGUGCGGUUCUGCGCGAUUCUGUGCGGUUCUGUGCAGUUCUGCGGUGUGGAGAGUACCGGGUGGGGCAGCUGAUUCCGGGUGAGGUGACUGGAACGGGUGGGGCAGCAGCUCUGGCUGGAACGGGUGGGGCAGCGGGUGCAGUUCUGUGCGGUUCUGUGCAGUUCAGUGCGGUUCUACGCGGUUCUGUGCGGUUCUGUGUGGUUCUGCGGGGUGGAGAGUACCGGGUGGGGCGGCUGAGUCCGGAGUACCGGGUGGGGCGGCUGAUUCCGGAUGAGGUGACUGGAACGGGUGGGGCAGCAGCUCUGGCUUGA